ACGUAGUGUCAACAUACCAUUGCCUUUCAGUGGAUAGUUAACGUUAUGUUUUGUUGAUACUCUUUUUGUGAUUUUGGCUUUGCAGAAUGAGCAGGUGUGGACUGAAUGAUACAUAUUUAUUUCAUGGCAUUUACAUUGAGUCGCUAGCUUGGUUAGGUGAAGUAUAACUUGAGUCCCGGGGCUGCCCUUGGUCCAGUUCAGCUUAAGUAACCUUCCGUAUAAAUACAACGUGAAUGGUUUCCGUUAAGCUAGCGACAUGCCACCAGACGGUCUUCAUCUGCACCCUGCAGCGGCAGCAGCACCCUCGGGUGCUGUCGAGGAGAAGAGGAGCAGGAGUCGUCUAGGUGUCGUGGUCACGGGCGUGCUGGGAGGGUCGCUGGUCGCCCUGUACGCGGUGGCGGCUCCGUUUCUCGCGCCUGCCCUGAGAAAAGUGUGCCUCCCGUUCGUCCCGGCGACCACGGCUCAAGUGAAGAAUGUGCUCGGGGUGCUGCGAGCCAGAUCCGGCAAACUAGUGGACAUCGGCAGUGGAGAUGGAAGGAUAGUGAUUGCGGCGGCCAAGCGUGGUUUUCAAGCGUCUGGCUUUGAGCUGAACCCCUGGCUGGUGUGGUACUCUCGCUACAAGGCCAUUAGAGAGGGAGUCCACAGUUCCACAUCCUUCCACCUCUCGGACUUGUGGAAGGUCAGUUUUGCUCAGUACUCCAAUGUUGUAAUAUUUGGAGUCCCUCAAAUGAUGGAUCAGCUGGAGCUGAAGCUGGCGUGCGAGUUGCCGAGUACAGCUCAGGUUGUGGCCUGCCGCUUUCCCUUCCCCACUUGGGUCCCUGAACGUACUGCCGGCGAGGGCAUAGACACCGUGUGGGUGUACGAUGCCAAGACAUUUAAAUCACGCUUGCAACAUGGAAUGGAAAGGAAGACAACACCAAAACAUGACAACAAACUAGAUUCAUAUACAUAAUUAGCAGCACCCAGAUCUUGUUGUUGAUUUGUCAUCACACCUUGGAACCCUUGUUCUUUUUGUAUUUAUUUUUUAAACCCAUGCAAUUUCUAACCUGGGAUGGACCUGAUAUGGCUGGGGAAAACUGUAGUCAUUACAAAUCAAUUUGAAAAGUGUGAGAAUGAAGCAAGUUGUGAAAAGAAACUGAUUGACAAUGGCCUCAAUGAGUGAUUACACUGAUGUCAAAGUCUGUUAUGAGUCCCAUCAUGUUUGUAUUCCUGCUCACUCAUGCUUAAAGCUGGUGAAUGAUCAGCCAGACAUUUCAUGUACUGUACAUGUUUGAUGUUCAAAACCAGAAGAGGAAUAAAAGGGAACACAAAUGGCAACCUUCACUUGAGAAAGCAGAA